ACCUUUCCCCUCUUCUCUGUUUUUUUUUUAAACUUGGAUGGAAUUGAGUUUCAAAGGAAUUAGGAUGGGAUUUGAAUUCACCUUUCCAGAUCAGUAACCUAGACCUCUGGACCAUAGGUGCAAAUUUGACCACAAUGAUCUUAUGAAGAUGAUAAUUCCAGCAUCCAUUGUUUCUUUAGGCACCUCUUCCGUAUUUUUUCCUAUGAAUUGUAUCAUUUUUUUCCGGCUUAUUAAUACCUUUACUUUACUUUACUAAUCACGUGACUGAUACUUUUUAAAGGCCAUUAUUUGUAGUAGAGUCUGUUAUUUGAGAAGAUUUUUUUUCCGUGAGGAAACAGGUAAAUCAUUAUUUCACGAAGAUUCCUUAAAAAAAAUCAGCUUUUCCCUCCUCUUAAAAUACUUCAGGUUUUUUUUAAGGCUCGUGGCUUUUCCCCCCCAAAUGCUUUACCCCUAAAUUUGUAGUCGAGAAUAAUUAACCCGAAUAGUUUAAUCUUCAUUUUAUUCAGAAAUAUUCUGAGUAUUUUGUUUUUACCUGUAUAUUAAUUGUUGUCCAGUCUGAGCCUUGUGGGUAGAUCACAUUAAAUAAUGCAUUUGGUGUUCACAUGUACGUCGAUUAUUAAAUGUAUCCUGUUGUUUCUUUGGGAGAAUGGAAUAGAUUGGAAAUGCAUUGGGAUUGUGGAAAAGUGGCGUAGUCACAUCAUUAUACAACUAAACUCAUGUGACUCAUAAAAGUGCAAUUUUGUAUGGCGUUUGAUUAAACUCCCUUCUGCGCAGUAAAAAAAAAUGCUAAACUUAUUAACUUUUUAGGCAACGAUUUUUUGAAGCGUGCCGUGGAUCAGCGGGGAUAUUGCUUUAUAAAUAAGAAAGCAGUGUGACAUUUACGCGGCAUUUGGGAUGCCCGCUAGGCGUUGAUGAGAAACCGAGGUACAGGAAGUGAAAUCCUAUAAAUUGAAGGGUUCUAGUAUCUCGCCGCUGAGUUUUGCGCGAUCACAACACUGCUGCGAGUGGCACCAUGCUGAACGAACGCUCCGGCGAGACACGGACUACCGGGACCAACAAGAAACCACCGACAUACAGGAUGAAGAGCAGCUCUCCAAAGCACAUUUUCCUGGUUGCCUGCUGUCUCUGCACUUUACCUUUAAGUUCAGGAUCCCCACAUCAUCACUUUCAAGAUUAUUCUGACAAAUGGGACAAUAACAGUGCAGAGAAUUUGGCUUUGUGUCUCACUCACUUGAGAGCACUUCAGAUACAGCCUCAGAUGACUAAAUUUGUUAUGGACUUUUGCAAUGCCAUCCGACAAAAUGUGCCUAGAACUGGGAGUGAUGAUAAUGAGGCCAUGUAUAAAAGAUUUUUAUUUCAUUACUCCAAAACACAAAGUCCACAUCUGAAAAAUAUGCUAUCUGCCGUGCAUCCCUUACUGCACCUUGCACCAAAACUUUCGGAAAGAAGAAUGGAUAGAACUCUUUAUUCAGUAUGCAUUUUUUCCUUCCUUACUUUUGUAAACUUCAUUUUACAUGCCUUGACUUUGUUUGCCCAAAUCUGCAGUAUAUACAUUUUGUCGCAUGGCUUUUUAAUAACAACAUAAUCAUUAACUUUGCAACAAAGCUAUGUUGUAUUAAUCAUGAAUGAGAUCAGUCUGAUUUGACAAUGGAGUAGGAGCACAUUUUUCAGUGAUGUUCAAAAUCAGAAUAGUGAUUGUAUGUGAAUAAUCUCAAUUUUGACGUUAAAUUACAAAUGGGAGAGUGCUUAUGAAAUCAAAUAUAAAAUAAGAAAAUGCAGUGCAAAUCAAACCAACUAUAAAAUGUUGUAUUCUUGAACUACAAAAGAUAUGCAGAAUAGUCUGAAGAAGGAUCCUGAUCCAAAAUGUCAUUCAUCCAUUCCCUUCAUAGAUUGAGUUAUUUCCUGUUUUAUUUACAUUCUUCGUAGACCUUGACUGGUUUUCAUGUCCCUAAAAUUUACAAAUGCUUCCUUUUUACAUUGGACCCAAAUUUACAAUUUCUCCUCAUCCAAAAUUCUGUUCCCUAAUCUUACCGCCCGUCCAUUCUAUUUACAUAGGCAUACAGGUCCUUUGGCCUAACUUGUCCAUGCUGACCAAAACACCCCACUUAAGCUAGUCCCAUUUGCCUGCGUUUGGUGCAUAUCCCUCUCAAAACGUUCCUAUCCUUGCACCUGUCCAGGUGUCCUUUAAAUGCUUUUAUAUUACUGCCUCAACUACCCCCUCGGCCAGCUUGUGCCAGAUACUAACCACCCUCUGAGUGAAAAAGUAGCCCUCAGGUUUGUAUUAAAUCUUAUCCCUGUCACCAUAAACAUAUGGCCUCAAGCUUUUGAUUCCCCCACCCUGCGUAAAAGACUGUGAAUUCACCCAAUCUACUCCCCUUGUGAUUUUAUGCACCUCUCAAAGUCAACAGCCUCCGGCGCUCCAAGGAAUAACAUCCUUGUUCUAUAGCUCAGCUGCUCAUGUCCUUGCAACAUCCUCGUAAAUCAACCUGUAAUACCACUUUCAGGGGACUAUGUGCCUGUACUCCUAGAACCGUCAGCUCUACAGCACAUCCCAGGGUCCUACCAUUCACUUCCUGAUUUGACCUCCUAAAAUGCAACCUCACACUUAUCUGCAUUAAACUCCAUUUGCCAUUUCACAGCCCACGUGCCCUGUUGAUCAAGAGCCUUUUUUGAUAGCCAUCUUCCCUCUCUCCGAUACUACCUGCCUUAGUGUUAUCUGCAAACUUACUAAUCAUACCUUGUACAUUUUCAACCAAAUUAAUAUAAAUCACAAGCAGCAAUGGACCCAGCACUGAACCCUGAGGCACACCCCUCCUGACCCUUCCACCAUUACAUGGUGUAAUGGUGGAAGGGGGAACUGUACAAAAGGGACGGAUUGCAUCUUAACAGGUGGGGGACCAGCAUUCUGGCAGGCAGGUUUGCCACUGCUACACGGGUGGUUUUAAACUGAAUAAGGGGGGUGGGGUGUCGAAUGGGAUAGUUGAGGAUGGAGUUAAAGGGAAAGGGUUUCUUAAAUGUGUGAGCGUAGAGACAGAGGGGUGUAAAAUGAGGGUAGAAGCAAUAGGUAGCAAGGUGAAAUGUGGCAGGCAGACAAAUCCAGGGCAAAAAUCAAAAAGGGCCACUUUUCAACAUAAUGGUAUAAGGGGUAAGAGUGUUGUAAAAACAAGCCUGAAGGCUUUGUGUCUCAAUGCAAGGAGCAUUCAUAAUAAGGUGGAUGAGUUGAAUGUGCAGAUAGCUAUUAAUGACUAUGAUAUAGUUGGGAUCACGGAGACAUGGCUCCAGGGUGACCAAGGCUGGGAGCUGAACAUCCAGGGAUAUUCAAUAUUCAGGUGGGAUAGACAGAAAGGGAAAGGAGGUGGGGUAGCGUUGCUGGUUAGAGAGCAGAUUAACGCAAUAGAAAGGAAGGACAUUAGCUUGGAGGAUGUGGAAUCGAUAUGGGUAGAGCUGCGAAACACUAAGGGGCAGUAAACUCUAGUGGGAGUUGUGUACAGGCCACCUAACAGUAGUAGUGGAGUUGAGGAUGGCAUCAAACAGGAAAUUAUAAAUGCGUGCAACAAAGGUAAAACAGUUAUAAUGGGUGACUUCAAUCUACAUAUAGAUUGGGUGAAUCAAAUUGGCAAGGGUGCUGAAGAAGAGUAUUUCUUGGAAUGUAUGCGGGAAAGUUUUCUAAAUCAACAUGUAGAGGAACCAACGAGAGAGCAGGUUAUUCUAGAUUGGGUAUUGAGUAAUGAGGAAGGGUAUGUAGCAAUCUUGUUGUGCGUGGCCCCUUGGGCAAGAGUGACCAUAAUAUGGUUGAGUUCUUCAUUAGGAUGGAGAGUGACAUUGUUAAGUCAGAAACAAGGGUCCUGAACUUAAAGAAAGGUAACUUUGAGGGUAUGAGACGUGAAUUGGCCAAGAUAAACUGGCAAUUGAUUCUUAAUGGGUUGACGGUGGAUAUGCAAUGGAAGGCAUUUAAAGACUGCAUGGAUGAACUACAACAAUUGUUCAUCCCAGUUUGGCAAAAGAAUAAAUCAGGGAAGGUAGUGCAUCCGUGGAUAACAAGGGAAAUCAGGGAUAGUAUUAAAACAAAAGAUGAAGCGUACAAAUUAGCCAGAAAAAGCAGCCUACCAGAGGACUGGGAGAAAUUCAGAGUCCAGCAGAGGAGGACAAAGGGCUUAAUUAGGAAAGGGAAAAUAAAUUAUGAAAGAAAAAUGGCAGGGAACAUAAAAACUGACUGCAAAAGCUUUUAUAGAUAUGUGAAGAGAAAAAGAUUAGUUAAAACAAAUGUAGGUCCCUUGCAGUCAGAAACAGGUGAAUUGAUCAUGGGGAACAAGGACAUGGCAGACCAAUUGAAUAACUACUUUGGUUCUGUCUUCACUAAGGAAGACAUAAACAAUCUGCCGGAAAUAGCAGGGGACCGGGGGUCAAAUGAGAUGGAGGAACUGAGUGAAAUCCAGGUUAGCCGGGAAGUGGUGUUAGGUAAAUUGAAUGGAUUAAAGGCCAAUAAAUCCCCAGGGCCAGAUAGGCUGCAUCCCAGAGUACUUAAGGAAGUAGCCCCAGAAAUAGUGGAAGCAUUAGUGAUAAUUUUUCAAAACUCUUUAGAUUCUGGAGUAGUUCCUGAGGAUAGGAGGGUAGCUAAUGUAACCCCACUUUUUAAAAAGGGAGGGAGAGAGAGAAAACGGGGAAUUACAGACCAGUUAGUCUAACGUCGGUAGUGGGGAAACUGCUAGAAUCAGUUAUUAAAGAUGGGAUAGCAGCACAUUUGGAAAGUGGUGAAAUCAUUGGACAAAGUCAGCAUGGAUUUAUGAAAGGUAAAUUAUGUCUGACGAAUCUUAUAUAAUUUUUCGAGGAUGUAACUAGUAGAGUGGAUAAGGGAGAACCAGUGGAUGUGUUAUAUCUGGACUUUCAGAAGGCUUUCGACAAGGUCCCACAUAAGAGAUUAGUAUACAAACUUAAAGCACACAGUAUUGGGGGUUCAGUAUUAAUGUGGAUAGAGAACUGGCUGGCAGACAGGAAGCAAAGAGUAGGAGUAAACCGGUCCUUUUCACAAUGGCAGGCAGUGACUAGUGGGGUACCGCAAGGCUCAGUGCUGGGACCCCAGCUAUUUACGAUAUAUAUUAAUGAUUUGGACGAGGUAAUUGAAUGCAACAUCUCCAAGUUUGCGGAUGACACGAAGCUGGGGGGCAGUGUUAGCUGUGAGGAAGAUGGUAGGAGGCUGCAAGGUUACUUGGAUAGGCUGGGUGAGUGGGCAAAUGCAUGGCAGAUGCAGUAUAAUGUGGAUAAAUGUGAGGUUAUCCACUUUGGUGGCAAAAACAGGAAAGUAGACUAUUACCUAAAUGGUGGCCGAUUAGGAAAAAGGGGGAGAUGCAACGAGACCUGGGUGUCAUGGUACACCAGUCAUUAAAAGUAGGCAUGCAGGUGCAGCAGGCAGUGAAGAAGGCGAAUGGUAUGUUAGCAUUCAUAGCAAAAGGAUUUAAGUAUAGGAGCAGGGAGGUUCUACUGCAGUUUUACAGGGUCUUGGUGAGACCACAACUGGAGUAUUGCGUACAGUUUUGGUCUCCUAAUCUGAGGAAAGACAUUCUUGCCAUAGAGGGAGUACAGAGAAGGUUCACCAGACUGAUUCCUGGGAUGUCAGGACUUUCAUAUGAAGAAAGACUGGAUAGACUCUGUUUGUACUCGCUAUAAUUUAGAAGAUUGAGGGGGGGGGAUCUUAUAGAAACUUACAAAAUUCUUAAGGGGUUGGACAGGCUAGAUGCAGGAAGAUUGUUUCCGAUGUUGGGGAAGUCCAGAACACGGGGUCACAGUUUAAGGAUAAGGGGGAAAUCUUUUAGGACUGAGAUGAAGAAAACAUUUUUCACACAGAGAGUGGUGAAUCUCUGGAAUUGUCUGCCACAGAAGGUAGUUGAGGCCAGUUCGUUGGCUAUAUUUCAGAGGGAGUUAGAUGUGGCCCUUGUGGCUAAAGAGAUCAGGGGGUAUGGAGAGAAGGCAGGUACAGGAUACUGGGUUGGAUGAUCAGCCAUUAUCAUAUUGAAUGGCGAUGCAGGCUCAAAGGGCCGAAUGGCCUACUCCUGCACCUAUUUUCUAUGUUUCUACCCUCUGCUUCCUUUCAUGAAGCCAAUUCUGUAUCCAAUUAGCUAACUCUCCCUGGAUCCCCUGCGAUCUAACCUUCCAGAGCAGCCCACCUUAUCAAAAGCCUUGCUUAUCCAUAUGGACAAUGUCUAUGGCGGUGCCUUCAUCAAUGUUGUUGGUUAUUUCUUCAAAAAUCAAAUGCGUAAGACGUGAUCUUCCACGUGCAAAACCAUGCUGACUAAAUCUAAUCAGUCCCUGUCUAUCUACAUUCUGGUCCUGAACUCUGAUUAGUUGGUCUUUAAACAACCCCCACAUGUUUGAUGUGUAUUUAUCAAAUAAAAGCAGCUUUCAAUUUACCCUCUCUAGCUCCUGCCUAAUAAUGUUAUAAUUAGUCCUCCCCCAAUUUAGUACUUUCCCACAAAGUCCACACUUAUUCUGAUUCCUAAUUAUCUUCAAACUUAAUGAGUUGUGAUCACUGUUGCCAAACUGCUCUUCAAUUGAAAUACGAGUCACCUGGCCAGGGUCGUUUCCCAAUACAAGGUGCUAUAUGUUCUCUCUUCUAGUUGUACUAUUCGCAUACUCUUUCAAGAAACCCUCUUGGAUGCACCUAACAAAUUCUACCUGUUUCUCUAUAUCCUGCUUGCUGUUGGGAAGCCCAUGGUAUGAUUCCAUUAGAGUGAUUGCACCUUUCUUAUUUUUAAAUUCUAAUUGUAUUGACUCAUUGGAUGAACCCUCCAGUAUGUCCUCUUUAAAUGCAGCAGUGAUAUUCUCCAUGAUUAAUAAUACAACUCCUCUACCUCUUUUACCUCCAUCUUUAUCAAAUCUGAAACAUCAAAAUCCUGGAACAUUGAGCUACCAGUUCUGUUCUUCUCGCAACCACGGCUCUGUAAUGUUCACACCAUUCAUAGUUCCAUAACUUUGAGUCUGAAGAGGGGUUUUGACCUAUUCCUUUUCUCCAGAGAUGCUGCCUGACCAACAUUUUAUGUCUAUCAUAGUUCCAUACAAUGCUCCAGGCUCUAAGCUGAUCUGUUUUCCCCAUUAUUGCAGACAAAGAACCUCUCAGAUGCUAAUAAAAAAAAUCUUUACCAACAAGGUCUUAUUCCCUCAGCCUUGACGAUAUUUAAAAAACAAAUUUUAAUUUACCUGUCCACUCCUCGCAUCUCUCUCUCUUUCUCUC